AACUAACUCCACUUGUUGAUCGGCGCUUUUAUUCACGCCUCGGCGCAUCUGAUCGUCCCCGUCGGUCCGCAAAACGGAGGCGCAACAUCUUCUUCUCCGCAACGUGCAUGUUGUAGGUCCUCCCUCUUUCCGGGUUACAGUGAUCCAACUCAUGGCAUCGCGGACGCGCAGUCAUCACCGGCCAAGAGGCUGUUUGGAUUCUUUCCCCUCUCUCUGGCUCUGAAAAUAAUGUCAAUGAUGUGUGUCAGCGAGGCGACGUUUCAGCUGCGGUCCGAAGUUUUCUGCGCGUAAAGAAAGUGUAGGGGAGCAGGGAGGAAAGAUGGGAGCACUUUCGGCGUUUCUUCUCGACGUCGGUGAGCUCGGGUGAUGACACCAGAUCGUCCAAGUAUCAGUGUUCACAUCACUGGAGCUGCUUCACACAACUCUGAGCCGAAACGUUCAACAUGGCUUGAUGAGGCGGUUCACGUGGCGCCUGGUACCCGGGAGUAAGAAUGAAUGCAAAGCGGUUCUUGCUGAAGCUCAGGAAGACGUUCGUCCCCCCCCUCUUCUCCGUGCUGACGUUAAUUUUCGUGCUGCUGGUCAGCGUCAAGUACAUCUACAUCCUUGAGUUUCUGGAUCCUCCGCCAGCUCCAACCAAUCAGCCAUUUGUCAAGCACAACAUCAGCUGCAAAGCUAUUUAUGACAUGGACCCGGUAGAAGUGGGUAAAUCUCUCAUCAUCAGAAGGAAAACUGUGGUGGAAGAUAAAGACGAAAGACUGAUCAACUUUACACGAAAUUGCCCUGUCUUCACGAAGAUCAGGGGUUAUGACGAUUUGUGUGUUUCCGAGGAAGAGAAGGAUUUUCCCAUUGCGUACUCUUUGGUUGUACAUAAAAAUGCUUGGAUGGUGGAGAGACUCCUCAGGGCGGUGUACUCUCCCAACAACAUCUACUGCAUACACUACGAUCAGAAGUCAUCGGCUCAGUUUGUCGCCGCCAUGGAGGGUUUGUCCCGCUGCCUGCCUAACGUCUUCGUCUCCAGCAAACUCGAGGCCGUUUUCUACGCGAGCAUCAGCCGCCUGAAGGCCGACCUCAACUGCCUGUCAGACCUUCUGACAUCGGAGGUCAAGUGGAAGUACGUCAUCAACCUUUGCGGCCAGGACUUCCCGCUGAAGUCCAACAUGGAGCUGGUGUCAGAGUUGAGGCGGUUGAAAGGCUCCAGCAUGUUGGAGACGAGUCGACCUAGUGAGCUCAAGAAGCAGCGGUUUCUGUACCGCUACGAGCUGCAGGACGCCAGUUUUGAGUAUAAGAAACUUCCGGUAAAAACACAGCAGGCAAAGACUCCGCCGCCGCACAACAUAGAGAUGUUCAUCGGCAACGCCUACUUUGUGCUGUCGCGGGAGUUUGUCCAGUUCAUGAACUCAUCCCCUGUAGUGAGGGACUUCCUGGCCUGGUCGGAGGACACCUACUCUCCGGACGAACACUUCUGGGCCACGCUUGUGCGACUGCCGGGCGUUCCCGGGGAGGUGCCCAGGUCCCAGCCCGACAUCACAGACCUGAUGAGCAAGACGAGGCUUGUGAAGUGGCAGUACCUGGAGGAGAACCUUUACCCUCCGUGCUCGGGGCAGCACGUGCGCAGCGUUUGCAUUUUUGGUGCAGCCGAACUGCAUUGGCUGCUCAACUACGGUCACUGGUUUGCCAACAAGUUCGAUCCCAACGUGGAUCCCGUUCUUCUUCAGUGCCUUGAGGAGAAACUGGAGGAGAAGCAGAAGUUGUUUCAAAAAGGGAGAAGUUUGACUUGCCCAAGAGGUUAGCUAAAAUGUUGGCUGUUGACUUUUCUUUUAACUGCCCUGCAAUCUUAAGAGACAGAGUCCAUUGGACCACGCAAGGUUUUUACCCAGUCCGGUGGAGUCACAUGCACUUUGAGGUUUUUUUAUUUGUGUGGUUUCAGGAACUGACGGUCUGACAGGACACCCAUUUCGGAGGGUUAAUGUCGAUCAGAAACAAAGACAUACACACAUACUAUAUAUGCACACUACAGGAUUGUGUUUAUUUUUGUCUACCUUCUGCAUCAAUUCCUGUUUCUUUUGUUUAGAAAUACUCCAUCCUUUCUCCCUGGAUGAUAGAUUUCUCUCUGCCAGAAAUCUAGGAACCUCAGGCAUAUGUUGUUUAACAAAGGAGAGAAAAACUAUGUCUACAAUCAAGUUCAGGGACCAGCUACUUACUAUGUCACUGUGAUUGUUGACUUAGUAACUCUUUGUAUCUUUUGAAAUUGCUUUAUGAAAGACUUUGAGCAUCGAUGGAACAUCUGUUUUCAAAGAUGUCCGAUGCUUUGAAAACAUUUAAACAUGAUUAAAUUAUUAUUGAAGACUUAGGUUGCACAACGUGAACUAUGAAUAAAUCAUGUAAGUCAA